AUGGCCACCGCUAUGCGGGAUCGCUCGUCGCCACACCACGUAGGCCACUUCAGCAACACAUCUCUACUGGCCACCUCCUCUAGCGCCGGCCUCCUUGCCAACUUCGCGGACACCACUGGCUCAUGGUUCCACCAAACCAUCGCCCUCAACUGCCAUGCAGAAGCCUUGCCCUCCAAUUGCUACGCCAAUACCCUCUCCCCGACAGCCUUCCGCAACCAUGAACACCCACACCUCGAGUCCUCAACAUGGCCUCCACCCUCCUCGACCCAACCGCCAACGCCACCGCGGCCACACCAUGCUACUAUAGCAACUUGCAACAGCUGCCAUCGCAGUCACCAUGCCGCGCCACCACAGGCCUCCGUGCCUCAGUGCCCGCGGCCACCACGCGCUAUGCGCAAAACUCCCCACACUCAUUGGCCCUCCACGCACGGUGGGCGCACCGCCUCGCCGCAAUGCUGUCACCACCUGCGCCAUUGA